GUCCCCGCUUCCCUCGAUCUGACCACCGGCGUCGACUCUCGCGAUAUCAUCAUCGAUACCUCCACCAACAUCUCCGCUCGCCUCUACCUCCCCACCUCCAACUCCUCCGAUCAAAAAAUCCCCAUCUUGCUCUACCUCCACGGAGGCGGCUUCUGCAUCGAAUCUGCUGCAUCCCCCAACUACCACCGCCUCCUCAACACCCUCUCAGCCGCCGCCCCUCUUCUCGGCAUCUCCCUCAACUACCGCCUCGCGCCAGAGCACCGCCCCCCCGCCGCAUACGAAGACGCAUGGGCCGCUAUUCAGUGGGUCAUUUCCUUAGCCGACCCCUGGAUCGCCCGAUUCGGAGAUCUAAACCGUCUGUUCAUCGCCGGCGAUAGCGCCGGCGGGAACAUUGUUCACCAGUUAGCGAUGCGAUUGGGGGCGGCGGGGUUGCGGGUGAAGGGAAUGGCUUUGAUUCAUCCGUUCUUUUGGGGGUCGGAGCCGGUGGGGUUGGAGCCACGGGAUAGGGAGUUCAGGGAUUGGAUGAACCGGCGGUGGUGGUUCACGUUUCCGGGAGCGGUUGGAUUGGAUGAUCCGAGGUGGAAUCCGACGGCGGAGGGGGCGCCGAGUUUGGCGGGGCUGGGUUGCGAGCGGGUGUUGGUGACGGUGGCGGAUAAGGAUUAUUUGAAGUACAGGGGGAGGGAGUACUACGAGAGGCUGAAGGAAAGCGGGUGGAAGGGGGUGGCGGAGUUUGUGGAGACGCCGGCGGCGGGUCAUGUUUUUCAUAUACUGGAUCAUGCAUCUGAGAUUGCUGUGAAGAAGGUGAGGAUUUUGGCUGAUUUCUUUGGCCGGGAUUGAGUGGAGAGGAUCCCACACGGCCACACCCCAUGUAUUUGGAGGCUUAGAUUUAUUGGAUAUAAGUAAUAUUUUAUCCUCCUUUUGUAACCUAAUUAAUACCAUAAAUAAUGGGAUGGCAAUCAAUAGGAUGAUUUGUAUAAGUGCCUUUUUUA